GGUGGGGCCUGCAGACCGGGGCACACCACCCAGCCCUAUCUGCUUUUACCACACUCAUGCAGAAGGGGCUCUCGCUGGUGACCUGGCUGGGUGUGGGGCUGCUGGGUCUCCAGAUGCCCCAGCAUGGAAGCGUCCAUCCGACUCCUUGCGUGCUUGGCCUGUGUCAUCCCAAUGGGAUCACUUGUAAGAACUAAAAGAGAUACUACUGGGAAUGUGCUCAACACAGAGGUGCACAGCCGCAACGACCUGUCUCUGCGCGUCGAGCGCCUCGCCCUGGCCGACGCCGGCCGCUACUUCUGCCGCGUUGAGUUCGCCAGCGACAUCCACGACCGAUAUGAGAGCCGCCACGGCGUCCGGCUGCGAGUGACCGCCGCGCCGCGGAUCAUCAAUAUCUCAGUGGUGCCCGGCCAGGCGCACACCUUCCGCGCCCUCUGCACAGCCGAAGGGGAGCCGCCGCCCGCCCUCACCUGGUCCAGCCCGGCCUUGGGCAAUAUCUCGGCCGCCUUGCGGGGCCCAGGUCACGGCUACCAGGUGACCGCCGAGCUGCCCGCGCUGACCCACGACGGCCGCUACACGUGCACGGCCACCAACAGCCUGGGCCGCGCCGAAGCCAGCGUCUACUUGUUCCGCUUCCACGGCGCCAGCGGGGCCUCGGCCAUCGCGCUCCUGCUUGGUGCGCUGGGCCUCAAGGCGCUCCUGCUGCUCAGUGCUCUGGCCGCGGGUGCUGCCCGCCACCGCCUAGAGCUCCCGGCCACCCAGGACAUCCAUCCUUGGCCCCAGGCUCAGGAAUCCAGUUAUGAAAAUUUGGGCCAGAUGAACUCCAGGAGCCCACAGUCUGCCGCAUGUUCCCCAUGAGGAGCUCCUCAGCCACCAGCAUCCACUUGUGCACCUGAGAAGAAAAGGCCAGAGUGAGGUUUGGCUGCUACAGCCCUUCCUGGUUCGCAGGCACCUUGGCAGCCUUCAGCUGGGUCAUCAGCGGUCAGAAGCCAGCUCACAGCAGUUCACCUGGCCUCCUACUUAGACUUCUGUUUCACAGCCCCCAUGAUACUCGUGCUAGUGGGAGCAGCAUUCUGAGUGUGCAUGUGUGUAUGUGUGUGCAUACCUUUAUUGGUCAGCUCUCCUGUGACUGGGACAAAAUAUCCCACACCCACAGUUUAAAGGAGAGGUUUAAUUAGCUCACAGUUUCAGUCCAGAGGUGGCUGGCUUCAAGGGAGAAAUAAGUGUGUUAUGGGGCAAAGUUGCUCACUUCAAGCAGAGUGGGGAAGAGCACCCUUCAAAGGCACUCCUCACCUUCAGCUGGGCCCCACCUCCUAACAGCACACGCAGCUGGGAACAUCAGUGGGAGUCAGUUGAACACAGUACCCCCAUGAUCCAGUCACCUUUCUUGGAGUCUCAUAAUCCAGCCAAAUUAACAACCUCUGCAGUCACGGUGGCUUUGUGUGCCUCCGUGUGAAACCUCUGGACAGCUUUCAUCUUUUUUUCCCCUAGGCCACCAUAGUAAAGCUCCAGGAACCUGGUCAGAGGGUCUGGGGGCCCAGGCUCCAACCUGCUCUACCAGGUUUCUAUGUGGACUGGGAUAAUUUUUUUACCUCUUUGGGUCUCAGUUCAUCCACCAUUGAACAUGAACAGUAAUAGAAUCUUCCCCUUUCGCUGGGGUCUGUGAAGAUCUGAGGGAAUAAGAGAUGUGAUGGGGUUUUUGCAACAUACAAGGCUGUCUCAGAUUUGACAUGCAGUUUUCAGAUGUUGGCAGUCACAUCAGGCUUGCAAGAACAAAGCAUUCCAGAGAAGAUGCAGGUUGGGGUUGUGCAAACUGUGGUCUGAGGAAUAUCAGAUCCUGGAAACUUGGUAGCAGGAGAGGCCUGGAGCCCCCACUUCCUGCCUCACUGUGACUGUUCCAUUCCCUCUGCCCAGCUCUUACUGCCCCAGACGCUCUACAGUCUUGAGGUGGGGCCUCCAGGACAAGGAGCCAAA